AUGGCAACCGGAGCAGUGCAACAUUCGCCAAAUGAGGCGGCAGGAACCAUGGUCUUUUCCAAGAUAAAUGGUACCCUGCAUCACAAGGAGAAGCAGCUCGCCGAGGCUCUCCGCCAUUCUCCGCGAUCUUCGAACCCUUUCAUCAUCACCGAGCGCCAGGAUGAGAAACAACUAUGCAUCUCGUCGGGGAGUCUGCAUGUGAACGAUUUUGUGCUCGUCAAGACUCUUGGAACCGGCACUUUCGCUCGGGUAUGGCUCGCAAGGUUAAAGGAUCAAAAGGACAUGGACAAAGUCUAUGCGUUGAAAAUUCUUCGAAAGGCGGACGUGAUCAAACUCAAGCAAGUGGAACAUGUGCGCAAUGAGCGCAAGGCACUCGCAGCGGUCAUUGACCAUCCUUUCAUCACCACCCUAAUCGCAUCAUUCUCGGAUGACAAGUGUCUUUACAUGUUG